AUGGCCCAGCUGUCGGUGAUCCCUGGAUCUGCCACGGCGUGGACAGGGCUCCUCACCGAGGGCGGCCGCAAGGAAACCGACAUGCGGGAAGCGGCGUCUUUGCGGCAGCAGAGGCGGAUGAAACAGGCCGUGCAGUUCAUUCACAAGGAUUCCGCCGACUUGCUGCCCCUGGACGGCCUCAAGAAGCUGGGCUCAUCCAAGGACACGCAACCUCAUAACAUUCUGCAGAGACGCCUCAUGGAAACCAACCUGUCUAAGCUCCGAAGCAGCCGCGUCCCUUGGGCCUCCAAGACCAACAGACUCAAUCAGGCUAAGUCUGAGAGUCUAAAGAAGUCCGAGGAUGAUGACAUGAUCUUGGUUUCUUGCCAGUGUGCCGGAAAGGAUGUAAAAGCCUUAGUUGACACAGGCUGUCAACAUAAUCUCAUCUCCUCAGCCUGUGUGGACAGAUUGGGGCUUAAGGAGUAUGUCAGAUCUCACAAACAUGAAGGGGAGAAACUUUCUCUACCCCGGCAUCUCAAAGUAGUGGGCCAGAUUGAGCAUCUAGUGAUCACACUGGGCUCCCUCCGCCUUGAUUGCCCAGCAGCUGUGGUUGAGGACAGUGAGAAAACCUUGUCCCUUGGUCUGCAGACACUGCGAUCCCUAAAGUGCAUCAUAAAUCUGGACAAGCACCGGCUGAUUAUGGGCAAGACAGACAAAGAAGAAAUCCCUUUUGUGGAGACAGUUUCCUUGAAUGAAGACAAGAGAUUUCAAUGGGAGAUAUUGUGCCGUCUCCAGAGUACUGACGCGCCCCAAGAAGAUCAAUCAGCAUCCCCCCAGCUCCGACUUUGGUGGCAGCCCCGAAUAGACCCUGCCUCACCAGGGCGUAGCGUCACGACUCUCCAGCUCCUGGCAUCCUGGGCGAAGGAGGCUGUUCUGCUAGAGCUGUGCUUUCGCCAACUCCACACCUUCCGGAGCCUGGCCUGGCCCAGCCCCGCUGCUGUGGACCGCCAGUUCCUGCAGCAGCUUCCGGCGGGAGGGGAGUCACAAGCAGAGAUCACACCCACGAAGGCUGCUGUCAGAGAUUGUUUUAAAUUAGAAUCCCGCCGGGGAGUCAUGUCCAGAAGGCGAUUUGGCUGUAGGUUAGUGCUGGCAGUCCCGGAGACGAUUCUCGACCCCAUGAUUGCGGUGGGCUUCGCUGAAGAGACGCCUUGGCCAGUCCCCGGGCCAGCUCUGUUCCAGUACGCGCCGUGCCAGCGCCGGCCAGGAUGGACCACCCUCCCAGCAGUGCCUGGGAAUUGA